UUAUCGAUUGUCAAACUAAAAUCCGUUGCGUACGAUGCGGGUCUGUGGACGCUUGGCUUUAAUCUCUCCCAGUAUGAAUAACAUUGGUAGUUCUACUGAACCGUAAUUUUCCGCCAUAGUAGUUAAUGUGUGUUGUCAUAAUAGUUCAAAUGUGUCGUACAUUUUAAAAUCUGGUUUUAUAUUUAAGUAAAUAUUAUUUGAAAAUAAUUUCGAAAUAAAAGACUUAUUUGCUACUUAAUGUGAAUUUUAAAUGAUUUGUUCGGUUAAUAUUUAAAUAUUUUAGAACUAAAGACUGUGACAUAACCUCUUUAUUUAACAAAUUAUAUUUAUAGUUGAUAGUAUGUCGAUUUUAUUAAAUUCGGGAAGCGCUAAACAAUAUUUAAGUGCUGUUAAACAAAUGUUACCUCGAAAUGUACAACUUACAUUAACGCAGAAGGUCAUAAUUGUUUCGAUUUCGACUGGUGUUGUUUUUAUCGGUGUUCUUGCAAGACUUUUACGUCGUAAAAAGAAUGUCGUGGAUCCCUCAAAACUACCCAGAAAUAUUUUCAAUGGUAAACUUUCCAGGAUACCAGGAAUGAGAAGUCCCUUUCCAGAUAUGGGAAGUGUGGCAAGCAGUGGAAGACGUAGUGGGACGUAUAGUGUAACUGGAGACAGACUCAACCGACACGGCUCGAUUGUAGCUAGUGGAAAAGCUUCAAUAGCUUCUGGGAGUGUAGUUAGUAAUGGUUUACCAAUUCCUGAAGGCUUGAAUACUUCAAAUUUAACACCACAACAGCUUGGAGUAAUGGGUGAGUGA